AUGAGCGCCUUGACACACUCUGUCCUCGCCGUCAUCCUGGCCUUGGCUAUCUUCGUUUCACCACUGACCACGAAUGUCGAAGCCUUCACGCUUACCUCUCCGUCAUCGUCCUUUUACUGGGUAGCUGGAGAAACCAACACCCUCAACUGGAAGGCCGACGCCGGAGAUCCAGAGGUGUUCGACGUACAUCUGUUGGACGAGGACCAGAAGUCUCUCAAUGGCAACUUUCAAGUAGGCAAUGCUCUCAAGACCAAGGCGGGCACAGCUGAGCUCCAGAUCAUCAACAUCCCUUCUGGCCAGUACAAGAUGCUCUUCACCAACAGCUCCAACUACGAAAAGGAUAAAGCACAGGUGUACUUCACCUCUGACGUCUUCACUGUCAAGCCCCAUGGCACGCCUCUCGGUGACGCUCCUCCAACUGGCGAUGGAGGCUCUACCAGUCAGCAGGAUGGUAGCUCUUCGCCUGGCGCGAACCCCGGAGGCGGCUCCAGCAACUCCACCUCGGCAGACGCCCCUAACACCGCAGGCCAGAAUUCUACGAGCAGUGUACCAAAGGAUAGCGAUGGGAACGCCACGAAGGCCACUGCCCCAGCUCCCGUUGUUGAUCACCCAACCGCUACCGCUGCGAGUGGCACGGCCAAGAAUGGGACCCUGACCAGCGGAGAUAGCGUCAACGCUGCUCAUGGACACGACAUGCAGAUCUAUGGAGCGUCCGCCAUGAUUGCAGUCGUUCUUCUUGGCAGCUCGUUCGCCAUGCUGGGAUGA